AGGCUCGAGCGGUUACGGCGGUUCUUUGGAUUUCCUUUUUAGGUCAUUCGCAUUGCCUCCAGCAUGCCUGCGAACCGUGCUAGUGGAACCGCCGCUCCGAGGCCCCGGCGGGUCAAGGGGAAGCGUAGUCUCGUAUAUGAUGCUCAUGGCACUUCCAUUGCCCCGUUGAUCGAGACAGAGCACAAGCAGAGUGGCAAGAAACAGAAGACUUCACCGCAAAAGGGUGAAGACUUUGACCAACAGGUGAAGCAAAUGGUUGCCAAGUGCAUCCGGGACAACUUUAAGUCUUUCUCCAGCAGUGAAACGGACGGGAAAAGGGUGAAUGACCGCACCCUCCGGGAGCAGCUGACGAUUGAUAAGAAGCUUGUGCUGACCAAGGGCCCGCAUGCACCAGUUUGGGGAAAGUCUACUUUCGCAACCUCCGCGAGCAGUACUCCAUCAAGGAGGGCUCGGAGACAGCGCUGCUCGUUGCAGAUUCCGACGAGGGGCCCGACCCUGCGUGGAUGCAGGCAGUGACCAAGUCUCGUCAGGGAGCGCCUUCUCGGACAAGCCUCAACGACAUGUUGGAGAAUGCCGGGCCGUGCAAUCAGUGCGAGUACGUCGGUUUGCUAUCGCAUGGUUUGGAGCUGACCGCUUCGGAUCUAAACCAGCAGCUGCUCACCUUGCUUAACAUGGUCAAAUGCAUCACUAAGAACGGUUUGCGCGUGACCUUUCCCGGGGAAGCUGCUGCGUUUCGCUUGCAAGCGGACAAGACGAUGGCGGCAGUCUUCUCGGAGAUGAAGGGGAAAUCUAUCGGUCCAGAGACAUUCUGGGAGAAGUAUCGCGACGAGUGCAGUUGGAUUCUCCCAGUGGAGGCAGUUGAUGGGCUCAUGGCGGGGAAGGGCAGCUGGGAUAACCAUUCUGAAGACAUUGACGCUGUGACAGGCACCAGCGAGCUCGGCAUGCGCAUGUUCCAAGGCGCGGCGAGGAGCAACGUGUUCAACCGUGUGAAGAAGGCCUGCAACUCGCGCAUUGCCGAGCUCCUGGACGGGCGGGAGGUCACCAAGGCUACCGUGCAGGAGUGCAAAGCGAAGAUCAUGGCGGACGUCCAGGCCAUGUCUAUCCCAGAUCUCCCGAACAGAGUCAUCGUCCUCAGCUACUUGGGCGAUGAUGCGAAGGUGAAGGUGGACUCGGCACUUGGAGAGGUGAAGAUUCGACUGAACACAUGCAUCAAGAUGCGGGCGCACGCGCGCCAAGGGAAAGAGACUGGCAAGAGUGCGGCCCGCAUCCUUACCCCGCUGUUCUGCGAGUUGGAGCUGGCCGACAAAGUGGGGCCCAAUUACAAGGGCGUGGCGGCCGACCUUUUGAAGCCUUUCAAUUCAGCGCGGAAGAGCGCGAAUGGUUCCGUCACCGCAGACAGGCAUGCCGACGGCGAUGCCGUGGUCACGCAACUGGACGACCAAGAGGACGUGUUGUCCUUGAUCGAUGACACGAUCAUCGUGGAGAUCGCGUGGUUCCGGCUGAUGGCGGGGGCCGGGGUCCAGGGGAAACUCAAGAAGGAUAUCCUGCGCAUCUUGCCAGACAGGGCUGGCGUGCAUCAGCCGAGGGCCAUCGCUGACCAGGUGGCCCAGCUGACGGUUCAAUGUCGGUACAGGUUCGGGUCCACCGACGCGAAGAGCAUUGUGAACAUCGUCGGCGAGUGGCUCAACGCUAUCUCCAAUCGGAGAGCGCCCUCGCUCGCGGCAGCGAAGGAGGGCGAGUGGUUGUGGACGGUGCGCGAGCGUCUGGGCUACCUCUGCCACUGCGAGGAGGAUCGAGGGGCGCAUCUGGUUCGGACUCCGCGGUGUUGACGGGCCCCGAGGCGAUGGCCAAGAAGUUCGAAUGCGUGAAGGCUCGCAUCGAUGCCGGGGAGAGGCUGAGCAUCGACGGCUUGAGGGAUUUCCACGUCUUCUCGUGGCUCAUGUCUGAUUGCCAGAAGAUGCCCCACAGCAAGUGGCGCAAUGACAUCUACAAGCGGGCUGGAGGCAAGGGCGCCACUUCAGUCGUCGGCGGCGGUGCCUCCUCGGCAGCCGCGGCGAAAAUGAAGGCCGCCAGCUCCUCCUCCGCGGCGCCCGCGGCUGGCGGAGCCAAAAAUAUCCUCGAGGCCGAGGCCGCGAACCUUUUCAAGAAGAAAAAGGUUGCCUGAUCCGUCCCGCCCUGAGGGCCGCCGCGCGCGAGAGAACGCGAGGGGCGUCAUCGCCCCCAAGAUGCAUGCCGAGCCACGUGUCUCGAAGGUGCGCGUGCCCAUCCACAGUCUUCGCUUGAGCUGAAGUGGUCUUUUUGGGUGGUAAGAGGAUUGGGCGGUGGACGCUGUCGUGCCAAUGUCUUUAAUAGAUGCGUGCGCGACGGUUCGAUGGGGCACCUUGCCUGGGGGGGGCUUGGUGGUGGCAGUCCCAGGGCUUCUUUGAUUUGUCCCUCGUGGUGCCGCGAAUGUCAUCCCUGUGCUUUUGCCCGCUAGCACUACGCUAUACGUACAUGUCUGGGCCGGGCAAUUGAUUGGGUUGCAUCCAGUUGCUUGGCAAUGGGGCGCGGAUGCGACAGGUAUUGCACGUGCUUCGUCUUAGUGCCACUUCUUGUGUUCUCCAUUUUGAGGGUUUCGGUUGCGCGACUGUCCUCCCAGGGGGCUCGCAGCAACUUGCGGGGGGGGCGCCGUGCCUGGGCGGUCGGCCAGGCCGGAAGCGGCAGCCCGACAUCUUGGGGAUUCGCUGAGUCAAGAGGGGGUUCACUCCUCAC